GGAGCGUGUUCAGCUGGGACUCGAGCUGCUUGGCCGUGAUAACUCCCCAGGCUGAACGCCUCGUGCAACCCUAUCCUCAGACCCGGCUCCAUCUCGAACCUUCGAAGAUCCUGAAACAUAACUUCCAGUGCUCGCAUCUCACACACAACGCAAUUGCGGCUCCUUGGCCAGCGGCUCCUCGGCCACUUGCUCCAGUGCAACGAUCCUUCGGCGCCGACAGCGGCGGACAAACAAAGACGAGGGGGGACUGUGCCUGCGCGCUACUGCAUACGCCCUUGCCCUCGUAGUCCACACCACCAGUCCAAAGGCAUUUCGGACGAACGACGAAGCGCGAAAGGACUUGACCGCCCAAUUGGCGCGGCGCCUGGAGCCAAAGCCGGUUAAGCAACAUAUCGACUUCUCAAAAAAACCUAUUCGCUCUCUCCAUCUCGAAUCCGCGGGCUUCCGUCGUCUGCCACAUAGCCUGAGUCUGGAAUCCAACUCCUCUCGCCUGGCCUAGGUACUGCGCAUAGUGUGGAGACCAUGAUCUCUUUACGUUUGCCGCUACUGCUGCAUACCUAGACCGCCCCCGAGCGAUUUCGUAGGGAGCAGUUUUAUAUUUCUGAGACUGAAAGACAAACUAGCGGCUACCGCCAUGGACAUGUUCUCCAUGUUCACGGCGGAUGCUGCGGCGAAGCAUGGCCACGAAUUUUCCAGGACAUCGACUGCACCUGCAGCAAGAGUAGGAGGAGGUGGUGGUGCUGUUAGUGCUCAUGUUCAGCAGACUCUUGCCCAACGGCGCUUGCCUCUCCCACGCUCACCUCUGUCCGUCCUUCCCAGGGCUAGGUCGCCAAACACGAUGCCUCCCCGGCAACGAGCACGGCCGCAGAGCAUGAAGGUUACCAUGGCGGAAUUGAAGGAAGAUCCCGAAGAAGAGAAGGCAGACGAGGAGGAACAACUCCGUAUGAUUGAGGCCAAAAUACGAUCGUUCACUAUACCUGGUGCUUUCCACGACUCACCACCUAGCUCGAGUCCUCUGUCUUCUGAGGAUACCACACCGCGACCGGCACCAGCUCACUUGCCUUCGCCGUCACCUUCGCCUUCACCUAGCAUACCUGUCGCUACCACGAGGUCAGAGUCGGCCUCGGUCUCCGCGAGCGAAACUACCGACACAAGCCGAGUACGACGCAGUUCCAACAAGCCAAAGGUUUUCUACCGCCUAGGACGCCCCGUCAACGCCGAUCGAAAAUAUUAUCUUCGCCCCAAAUGCUUGCUCCAAGUUCAAGAACCGGGCCCAAAAUUCCACAGACCUGUUUACGACGUCGUUCCCGGCUCCCGUUUCAACCCGCGUACUAAGAUCGGACAGAAGCUUCGGAGGUUACGUAGGAAUAAAGACGGCACUGGUGCGGACGAUCUUGUCGUCGUCAAAUCUGAGCACAGCGAGGGAAAGCAUGAGAACGAGAACUCUGAAGAGGAAGACGAUCACGAGCACGAAACGCUCAACGGCCAGGAAGUGCUGGGCACUAUCCAACCUGCAGAAGAUGGACCAAGCGCGUACAUAACGCUGGGCGAAACAGUCUGGAAAGCUACUUUGGAUGGGCGAGGAGCAAGCUAUACUCUCGAGAAUGCUAGCAAUGCGGCCGAACGAGUACGGUGGUACGUGCCCAAGUCGAAAAGAGCAGCGGUCCAGAAUGGAGGGGCUCGAGAGUUAAGCUUUGCAACGCUACUACCCGGAAGCAAGAGGCAUCCCAUUGUUGCAAACAUGUCUGAAGGUCAUCUCGAGUUUUACGAGGAAUUCUGCUCCCCCCUUGCCCCCGAAAAGACAAUUCGUACGGACGACGCGCUGCGCAAGUUGAUCAUCGUUUCCGGCUUGUGGGUGUACUUCUGCGAAGGUUGGUCCAAGCACUACGACUUCAGCUCUGUCGUUGCAACCUCCGCCAAGCCUGUGCCAGCAAGGAGUGUUUCAAUGCGAUCGACGAAUACUGGACUCCGCGGAUUGCUCCGAUCACCGACGCGAUCGCGUUCGAGGUCCCCCGCUCGUUCCAUAGGUUGCGACAACCUCUCUGCGAGUUCAGACGCCCGCUCACGGGAAGGUUCCCACGAUUCGAUGACAACCACCAUCUCACCCAUAAGCACCAUGACGCGACACUGCUUCCCCCCUUCGUCUUCGCAAAAUCCAUCUCGUGCACCUAGCCCUGAGCCUUCCGCGAGGGGCAGACGGCGAUGGUCAUGGACGCAUCACCUCCGACGAAUCAGCCACAAUACUCGCACGGCAACGGAUCCACCAGAGCAACGGUCACGAGACGACACUGUUGUAACAGCAGGCCUUCUGCAUGUUGAGCGCUUGCCCACACCCAUCGAUACUAAGCAGCAUCCUCUCCAACAGGCUUUUGUCCGACCUACACCAAAUUCCACAAAAAUCAACGUCCACGGAAGCGAAACUCCCGUGCUGAACACCGAUCGUUCGGCGGCUGAACCCUUGAUCGAAACACGAUUCCCUUCUCAUCUGGACGGCACAAAGUCAUCGGUCGUCACGGAAAUUUCAGAGCAUCGCUUCGGGCUGGGCAGUCUGGCUCGACCCAAGAAUAUAGACACGCACAAAGGGACAGAGUCACCGACCAGCAGUGACGAGGACCCAGGCGUUGGAUCACCGUGGUGGCAGCAGUACGAUCGCAUGGUGUUCAAGCAGAAUCCUCCUGCCAUACCUCAACCCUAGGCUCUCCAUUCCGCGCAUAUCUGUACAUAGUCACAUGCCACACUGUAAGAAACUCGAAUUUAGACACGUUGGUUUUUUUUUGCCGCAUGCUGUACUUAGUUAUGAAAUCUGAUGACAGUGGCCGCCAUCAA